AAGACGAGUAAUAGUUGUUUCCUCACCAAAACUAGCCAAAGUGGUAAUGAAAGACCAUGACCUUGAGUGUUGUGAUCGACCCAAAUUACUUGGCCAACAGAAACUGUCCUAUGAUGGCUUAGACAUGGCAUUUUCCCCAUACAGUAGCUAUUGGAGAGAAAUCAGAAAAAUCUGUGUUAUUCAUGUCUUUAGCUCCAAACGUGUCUCAUGUUUUUCCUCAAUAAGAAAUUUUGAGGUGAAACAAAUGAUAAAAACAAUAUCUCGCCAUGCCUCAACUUCAGAAGAUUAUAUUCCUUUCAUGGGUUGGGUUGAUACACUGAGAGGACUGCGUGCACGUCUUCAACGGAAUUUCAAGGAGAUGGAUAAGUUCUACCAACAAGUCAUUGACGAACACAAGGCUAAUUCUCGUAAAAAUACUCCUCACGAAGAUGACAUCGUUGAUGUCUUACUUCAACUCAAGAAACACUAUUCGUUUUCCAUCGAUAUUACUAAUGAUAACAUCAAAGCUGUGCUCAUGAACAUUCUGAUUGCAGCAACAGAUACAACUGCAGUCACAGUAGUGUGGGCAAUGACUUUACUGUUAAAGCAUCCAAGAACCAUGAAGAAGGUUCAAGAAGAAGUAAGAAGUUUAAGUGGUGAGAAAGCCGUUUUAGAUGAAGAUGAUGUUCAGAAGUUUUCCUAUUUAAAAGCAGUGAUAAAAGAAACAUUGAGACUGUACCCAGCAGCACCAUUACUUAUUCCUAGAGAAACAAGGAAAAAAGUCAUGAUAGAUGGUUAUGAAAUUCCAGCUAAGACAAUAAUAUAUGUGAAUGCUUGGGCUAUUCAUAGAGAUCCUGAGUCUUGGGAAGAUGCAGAAGAGUUUAUACCAGAGAGGUUUUGGUAGCAACAAGACGCAAUGUUCAUCUUCAAAUCACAAAAUCUUAAAGAGGAAAUCAAUUCUAUAAAUGAAGAAAUUCGUCUCGAUCUUAAGACACUCAAAUCGUUUAGUUUAAGAUUACCUCCACUUUCAACUAUAGCAUUCUUUAGGCUAGAACAUUCAAGUGUAUUGCGAUUAAGGCAACUUUAUUAAUUUACUAAAUU